GGCGGGCGCCAGCGCCGAGCCGAGGAGCGCUGCCUGGGACGGAGCGCUGGCAUUUGUCGCGGGAGCCUUGGCAGGGGACGCAGCGCAGCGCCCCGAGAACAGCAGCAGCAGCGGCGGAGGAGCCGAGCUCGGCCCGGGCGCGCCCCGCUCCCCCUGAAUGACGGGCGGCAGGUUCGACUUCGACGAUGGCGGCACCUACUGCGGCGGCUGGGAGGAGGGCAAGGCCCACGGGCACGGCAUCUGCACCGGGCCCAAGGGGCAGGGCGAGUACGCGGGCUCGUGGGCGCACGGCUUCGAGGUGGUGGGCACCUACACCUGGCCCAGCGGCAACACCUACCACGGCUACUGGGCGCAGGGCAAGCGCCACGGCUUGGGCGUGGAGACGAAGGGCAAGUGGAUGUACCGCGGCGAGUGGUCGCACGGCUUCAAGGGCCGCUACGGCGUGCGCCAGAGCCUCACCACCCCGGCCCGCUACGAGGGCACCUGGAGCAACGGGCUGCAGGACGGCUACGGCGUCGAGACCUACGGCGACGGAGGUACAUACCAGGGACAGUGGACAGGAGGGAUGAGGCAUGGCUAUGGCAUGCGGCAAAGUGUCCCCUAUGGCAUGGCAACUGUGAUCCGUUCUCCCCUCCGGACAUCUCUAGCGUCACUGCGUAGUGAGCAGAGCAAUGGCACUAUUCUACAUGAUAUUACUUUGGACAGCCCUGCUGGAACAAGAGGAGGGUUUGUGUUGAAUUUUCACAGUGAUCUUGAAGGAAUUGGUGGUAAGAAGAAAGGAGGCUUGUUCAGAAGAGGAUCCCUUCUCGGUAGUAUAAAACUUAGAAAAUCCGAAUCAAAAUCGUCGAUUUCUAGCAAACGCAGCUCUGUCAGGAGCGAUGCUGCUAUAAGUAGGAUUAGCUCUAGCGAUGCCAAUUCUACCAUUAGUUUUGGAGAUGGGGAUUGUGAUUACUGCCCAGCGGAAGACCACGUUGAUGCCACCACAACAGAAACGUACAUGGGCGAAUGGAAGAAUGACAAGCGCAGCGGAUUCGGUAUAAGUGAGCGCUCAAAUGGUAUGAAAUACGAAGGGGAGUGGCUAAAUAAUAAGAGGCAUGGAUAUGGAUGUACCAUGUUUCCAGAUGGCACCAAGGAAGAGGGAAAGUAUAAAAACAAUGUUUUGGUCCGUGGAAUAAGGAAGCAGCUUAUACCCAUAAGAAACACAAAAACUAAAGAAAAGGUGGAGCGUGCCCUUGAGGGUGCCCAGCGGGCAUCUGCCAUGGCAAGAACUAAAGUGGAAAUUGCAACCUCAAGAACUGCGCACGCAAGGGCUAAAGCUGAUGCUGCAGAUCAAGCCAGCCAAUCUGCUCGUCAGGAGUGUGACAUCGCCAGAGCAGUUGCCAGAGAACUUUCCCCGGGUUUCUACCAGCCAGGUCCUGAUUAUAUCAAGCAGCGAUUUCAAGAAGGUGCAGAUGUUAAGGAAAACCCUGAAGAAAAAGCUCAGGAAAAAGCACCUACACCAAAAGAAUCUCCUCACUUUUAUCGAAAAGGCACUACACCUCCUGGGACCCCGGAAGAGAGCCCAAGGCAAAGCCCCCUCCCCUCUGCUGAGCCUUCCCCUGCAAAACAAGGCAAAAAGCAAAACUCCUCCUCUGAGGUCAGACUAAUCCAAGAAAAAAAGAAUUUUCCUAGUGAAAAUGUGACACCUGUGGUCAACAAACCUCUUUAUUCGAAAGCACCUGUGAAGGAGGAUAUGAUGGUAAAGCCCCAGCCAAAGUUGUCACCCCGCAACAAUCCUACCCACACAGAGAAUGGGGAGUUGCAUGAUCAUUACCAUGGCUAUUACGUGAAACCGAAUCCAACAAGGUACCCAUUUGAGCUCGGGGAAGACGAGGACCAUGCCAACCCAUCAUCUUCAGCACUUGCACUAGUAGCAUCAGCUCAGAAGCCAAGCCCCAACAAAUCUGGGAUUCAGUUAGAUGCCAAAGAAUCAUUAAAGAAGCCUGAAUCUGUUGCACCAAAGAAUCCCGCAAAUAAUGACUUCUAUUCUUCAGUGGGGAGAGAAGUCAGUAUGCCUUUUCAGAAACAGAGAACCUCCAGUGAAUCAUUCCGCAGAAAUGAGAACCGCAAAGCUAUUGGAGAUACUAUCUGAUGAGGUUUGAGAGCUUAAUCAGAAGUGCUAGGAAAUGUUUUGAAUAAGUCUUGGAGUACUGAAAUGAUUUUUUGUUUAUAUGACAAUAUAUUGGUAAGCUACUACGUAAGUUUAUAAGGGAUACACUGAUUCUAAAACAAAAAAAUUAGAACUAUGUGAAUAAAUCACAUCGUUGGGUUACAGGGCUACCUUAUAUCAAGCCAAGCAGCUGGUCUACAGAGCCCAAUACUGUCUGUUUUCAUAGGUAGAGGCUUUUCAAGUUUGGAGCCGGAUAUAUUUCUUGUCCUGGUACAUGAUGUUCUUUUAGCCAAAGAAAACGGAGACUGGCCAUUGGAUCAAUGAGCAACAGCCCUCCCCUUCACUGUGCUCCAUAAAUAAGGGAAAUCUGCAUGAAAAAUAAUAACUACUAUUAGUUAUAAUAGUAGACUAAUCAAAAACUAACAUUAGCUUUUUAUAGUUGAUCGUCCUUUUCUUUUAAUAUGCUGCCUGCUAACAGUGAGCCAAUAUGUCACUGUAUUAUACUGUGCUGUUUUUUUUGGUUUUUGCUUUUAAUUACUUCUUCAUUUUACAUACUUCCCUUUUUUAUGCCUUAAGCCUACUGUUAUAUAAGAGUUGUACGGACAAUUCCGGGCAUGCAUAACGCUUUUCUGUUACAGCUUCUUUCUAACACCUGUUCAAAUCAGUCAUGGAAAGCAGAGACUAAUUUUGCCUUUUUCUAUUUUAAGCCCUUGUAGAAAGCUGUGAGGCCUUAUUUAUGGCACUUCACCCUAAAGCAUUUUGAAGUCUCACUAUAAAUGUUUUAAAAGCCAGAAAUAAGAGUCACAUUUUUAAUUCCAUGGGUGGAGCAAAGUUCUCUGCAGUUUCUUUGAUCAAUCCAAAAUGCCUAAGCAAUUCAGAGCGGGGGUUUUGGCAUUGCUCAAGGUUCCCCGUCCCAUUCUCUCAUUCUCAUUCUCACUCCUUGAAACUCUCCACUUAUCUUUCUUCAUAAUCCAGCAAAGCAUAACCUUUUUAUUUGAGCUUAAUCCAUAAAUUUAGUUCCAUGGUAACAUUUAAAGCUGCAUUCACAUGGUAGUUAAUUUCAUUUCUCUAACUGUUGAUUUCCAUAUUACAUUUGAGCUUUCACAUGAUAUAAAAGACACUUCUGGAAUUCUAGUGGACUAUAGUGCAAGUUUAGGAUCAUUUGGCUGUUAACUGGCUCCAGAUAUAAUGCAUUUGUAGCCCCAAUAACCCAGAAAAUCACAGGCAUAAAGUGACAAAAUUUUGGGUAGCAUACUGUCAUAUAUCACUUCAGUGCUGUUUUUAUGGGUAAGUCAUGAGGGAACAGAAGCAUACAUGAUAUUUAUUUAUUUAUUUAUUUAUACAUACAUACAUACAUACAUACCCCGCCCAUCUGGCUGGA